AUGAGAGGCCGUGGCGCCGGCCAGGUGCGGCUGGGGGGCGCGGGGGUGCGCGGCGCGCGGGCGGGCGUGCGCGAGCGCUGCGCCUGCCCGCCGGGCCACGCGGGCGCGCACUGCGAGCGCUGCGCGUGGACGCACGCGCGGCUGGUGCGCGCGCCCUCCGCCGCGCCCGCCUUCGAGUGCGUGCCCUGCCCCUGCAACGGCCACGCCGGCUGCCGCGCCGGUGAGUCCGCGGCGUACACUUGUACACGCUCAAAUCUACGUUCGUUUAUACUAGGUGAGUCGGCGGCGCGUUUGUGCACCAGGGCGACACCGGAGGUUCUUACAACUGCCCAGUUGGAAACAUCGCCGGUGGAGAAGUAU